CAGUUGUUUUAAUGCAAUGAACCGGCCUCCAGGAAUCAGCAUCUGGGAACCCAGGGCAAAGCAAGGAAACUUGCUGGAGCCUAAUUUUUACUCUUUUUAUAACUAUGAUGCCAGGGGAGCAGACGAACUGUCCCUGCAGAUAGGAGACACUGUACACAUCCUAGAAACGUAUGAAGGGUGGUACAGAGGCUACACUUUAAGGAAAAAGUCUAAGAAGGGCAUAUUUCCCGCUUCAUACAUUCACCUUAAAGAAGCGAUUGUUGAAGGAAAAGGGCAACAUGAAACUGUCAUCCCAGGCGACCUCCCUCUCAUACAGGAAGUCACCACAACGCUGCGAGAGUGGUCCACCAUCUGGAGGCAGCUCUACGUGCAAGAUAAUAGGGAAAUGUUUCGAAGUGUGGGACACAUGAUCUAUGACCUUAUCGAGUGGCGGUCGCAGAUUCUUUCUGGAACUCUGCCCCAGGAUGAGCUCAAAGAGCUGAAGAAGAAGGUCACAGCCAAAAUUGAUUAUGGAAACAGAAUUCUUGAUUUGGACCUGGUGGUGAGGGAUGAAGAUGGUAACAUUUUAGAUCCAGAACUAACCAGUACCAUUAGCCUCUUCCGAGCUCAUGAAGUGGCUUCUAAGCAAGUGGAGGAAAGACUGCAAGAAGAAAAGUCUCAAAAGCAGAACAUGGAUAUCACCAGGCAGGCGAAGUUUGCGGCCACCCCUUCUCUGGCCCUGUUUGUCAACCUCAAAAAUGUGGUUUGUAAAAUAGGAGAAGACGCUGAAGUCCUCAUGUCUCUUUAUGACCCCAUAGAGUCCAAAUUCAUCAGUGAAAACUACUUGGUCCGUUGGUCAAGUUCAGGAUUGCCUAAAGAUAUAGACCGGUUACAUAAUUUACGUGCUGUUUUUACGGACCUCGGAGGCAAAGACCUGAAGAGGGAGAAAAUUAGUUUUGUAUGCCAGAUUGUCCGAGUGGGCCGCAUGGAGCUGAGGGACAGCAACACCAGGAAACUGACCUCGGGGCUGCGGCGACCAUUUGGCGUGGCAGUGAUGGAUGUCACUGACAUAAUAAAUGGAAAAGUUGAUGAUGAAGACAAACAGCAUUUCAUCCCCUUCCAGCCGCUCGCAUUGGACGACGCCAUUCGACACAAGCCGCUGAACAUGUCAUCCCGUUUUUCACCCAGGGUGGCAGGGGAGAAUGACUUCCUUCAGACUGUUAUAAACAAAGUCAUCGCUGCCAAAGAGGUCAACCACAAGGGGCAGGGUUUGUGGGUGACGUUGAAGUUACUUCCUGGAGAUAUCCAUCAGAUUCGGAAGGAGUUUCCUCAUUUGGUGGACAGGACCACAGCUGUGGCCCGCAAGACUGGGUUUCCAGAGAUUAUCAUGCCAGGUGAUGUUCGAAAUGAUAUCUAUGUGACCUUAGUUCAAGGGGAUUUUGAUAAAGGCAGCAAAACGACUGCGAAGAACGUGGAGGUGACAGUGUCUGUCUACGAUGAAGAUGGGAAGCGACUGGAGCACGUGAUCUUCCCCGGUGCUGGUGACGAGGCGAUCUCCGAGUACAAAUCUGUGAUUUAUUACCAAGUGAAGCAGCCUCGCUGGUUUGAGACUGUUAAGGUGGCCAUCCCCAUCGAGGAUGUGAACCGGAGUCACCUUCGAUUUACCUUCCGCCAUCGAUCGUCGCAGGACUCUAAGGACAAAUCUGAGAAAAUAUUUGCACUAGCAUUUGUGAAGCUGAUGAGAUACGAUGGGACCACACUGAGAGACGGAGAACAUGACCUUAUAGUCUACAAGGCCGAAGCCAAGAAGCUGGAAGACGCAGCCACCUACCUAAGCCUUCCGUCCACGAAGGCAGAAUUGGAGGAGAAGGGCCACUCGGCCACCGGCAAGGGCAUGCAGAGUCUCGGGAACUGUACCAUCAGCAAAGAUUCCUUCCAGAUCUCCACGCUGGUGUGCUCCACCAAACUGACGCAGAACGUGGACCUGCUGGGGCUGCUCAAGUGGAGAUCCAACACCAACCUUCUACAGCAGAACUUGAGGCAGCUGAUGAAGGUGGACGGUGGUGAGGUGGUGAAGUUCCUACAGGACACCUUGGAUGCUCUCUUCAACAUCAUGAUGGAGAACUCGGAGAGUGAGACGUUUGAUACGCUGGUGUUUGAUGCGCUGGUCUUUAUCAUUGGACUGAUUGCUGAUAGGAAAUUUCAGCAUUUUAAUCCUGUUUUGGAAACCUACAUUAAGAAGCACUUCAGUGCCACCUUAGCAUACACGAAGCUGACGAAGGUGUUACGGACCUACGUGGACAAUGCCGAGAAGCCGGGAGUCAAUGAGCAGCUGUACAGAGCCAUAAAAGCCUUGGAGUACAUCUUCAAGUUCAUCGUGCGCUCACGGAUACUGUUCAAUCAGUUGUAUGAGAGCAAGGGGGAGGCCGACUUCGUGGAGUCCUCACUGCAGCUCUUCCGGUCCAUCAACGACAUGAUGAGCAGUGUGUCGGAGCUCACGCUCAGGGUGAAG